CUGCUGGCGGGGUCUCUGCUGGCGGGGUCUCUGCUGGCGAGGUCUCUGCUGGCGGGGUCUCUACUGGAGGGGUCUCUGCUGGCGGGGUCUCUGCUGGCGGUGUCCUCUGCUGGCGGGGUCUCUGCUGGCGGGGUCUCUGCAGAUGGGGUCUCUGCUGGCGGGGUCUCUGCUGGCGGGGUGUCUGCUGGCGGGGUCUUUGCGGACGAGGUCUCUGCUGGCAGGGGUCUCUGCUGGCGAGGGUCUCUGCUGGCGGGGUCUCGGCUGGCAGGGGGGUCUCUGCUGGCGAGGUCUCUGCUGGCGGAGUCUCUGCUGGCGGGGUGUCUGCUGGCGGUGUCCUCUGCUGGCGGGGUCUCUGCUGGCGGGGUCUUUGCGGAUGGGGUCUCUGCUGGCGGGGUCUUUGCUGGCUGGGUCUCUGCUGGUGGGGUCUUUGCGGACGAGGUCUCUGCUGGUGGGGGUCUCUGCUGGCGGGGUCUCGGCUGGCAGGGGUCUCUGCUGGCGGGGUCACUGCUGGCGGGGUCUCUGCUGACGGGGGUCUCUGCUGGCGGGGUCUCUGCCGGGGUCUCUGCUAGCGGGGUCUCCGCUGGCGGGGUCUCUGCUGGCGGGUGUCGCUGCUGGUGCGGUUCUCUGCUGGCGGGGUCUCUACUGGCGGUGUCGCUGCUGGCGGGGUCUCUGCUGGCGUUGUCGCUGCUGGCGGUGGCGCUGCUGGCGGGGUCGCUGCUGGCGGUUCCGCAUGUUUGCUUGCUGGCGGGCUUGCGGGUCGCGUACAAUGUGGAGCGUGCAGUGACGGAGGAGUAG